AUUCUGAAAUUAAUGUCAAACAAACGUGGUAGCUUACUUAGAAGUUGUUUACAAAACCGACUUACUAAACUCUUUUCAAACGUCUUACAUAGAUAGAUUCAGUUUAUUCGAAAACAUGUUUUAUUUGAUUGGACUUGGUCUGGGAGAUCCGAAAGAUAUAACAGUGCGCGGCUUAGAAAUAAUUAAAAAUUGUGAUAAAGUAUUUUUAGAAGCAUACACAUCAAUAUUAUGUUGCUCAAAAGAAGAUUUGGAAAAUUUUUAUGGAAAACCAUUAAUUAUUGCUGACAGAGAUCUUGUAGAGCAAGGAGCAGAAGAAAUUUUAACAAAUGCCGCCAGUUCUGAUGUUGCUCUAUUAGUGGUAGGAGAUCCUUUUGGAGCAACAACUCACACAGAUUUUUUAUUAAGAGCUAAAGAGAAAAACAUUCCUUAUAAAGUAAUUCAUAAUGCAUCAAUUAUAAAUGCUGUAGGAUGUUGUGGACUACAGCUUUACAACUUUGGAGAAACUGUUUCAAUUCCCUAUUGGGAAGAGAACUGGAAGCCAGAUAGUUUUUAUGAUAAAAUUAGAAAUAAUAGGAAAAAUAAUAUGCACACCCUUUGUUUACUAGAUAUCAAGGUGAAAGAACCGACGUUAGAAUCUCUUACCAAAAAAAAAAAAGAAUACAUGCCUCCCCGCUUCAUGACAGUGGCAGAAGCCUCAAAACAACUCUUAGCUAUAAUCGAAAGUAAAGGCAACCACAACGAAGAAUACGAUCUAAAAGGACACUCUUUAGUAAUUGGUUUGGCCAGAGUUGGGCACGACAGCCAAGUUAUACAAUCUUGCCCUCUUAAAGAAAUGGCAGACGCCGACUUGGGUAAACCACUCCAUUCUCUUGUUAUUCCUUCAAGUAAAUUGCAUCCAUUAGAAAAUGAAUAUCUAAAACAGUUUUUGGUCAUUUAAAAAUUUCUGAAAAUACAAUU